AUGAGUAGUAAGAUCAUAUUCUACGAGGACAGAAACUUCCAGGGUCGCUCGUAUGAGUGCGACACCGACUGCCCUGACAUGCACCCCCACUUCAGCCGCUGCAACUCUAUCAAGGUGGAAAGUGGUUGCUGGGUGCUGUAUGAGAAGCCCAACUACACUGGCUACCAGUAUGUUCUGACCAGAGGCGAGUACCCAGACUACCAGCGCUGGAUGGGCUACAACGACACUAUCCGCUCCUGCCGUACCUUCUCCUAUACCAGCGAGGGGCCCUACCGCAUGCGCAUCUACGAGCGACCCAACUUCCAGGGUCAGAUGAUGGAGUUCAGUGAGGACUGCGAGUCGGUGCAGGAUCAUUUUCGGAGCCGUGACAUCUAUUCCUGCAAUGUCAUGGACGGCUACUGGACCCUCUACGAGCACCCAAACUACCGUGGCAGGCAGUACUUCAUGAAGCCCGGGGAGUACCGCAAGUUCAGUGACUGGGGGGCCACCUGCGCCACCACUGGCUCCUUCCGCAGAAUCACAGAGUUCUAA